UUGUCGAAAAUUUCCUACGGAAUCGUGUGGAUUGGUUUGCAAAGAACUGAAGAUUGUUGGUAUAAAAAUACAACGAAUUGUAACACUGGAAAUGGUUUUGAAUGGACUGAUGGAAGUACAAAUAUGGAUACCAAAUUACUUGAGAAGAAUUGGUGGACUCCAGGAAAUCCGGAUAAUUCGGGGUCAGUUUAAUAUUGGAAAUUAUCACAAAUGUUAAUUACAGAUUAAUGCAACCCUACGUUGUGAUGUUCAUGUCAUCGAAUAAAUCCGAUGGUUUGAGUGGAAAACUUGAUGAUGUUCCAGAAGAUUAUGUGGGGACCAAGGAUUUCAUUUUGCAUGGUUUUGUUUGCGGAAAACCGGCGAAUUUAAAAGUUUGA